AUGGCAGGACGUUAUCGAGGUCCUGCAUAUAAAAGUCUCCUGCGCAAACUUCCGCGCAAUCUUGUAGUCUUUGAUGGUCACUGUCUUCUCUGUCAGGCACGUGUGCAGUACGUGUUGGAGAGGAAUUUCUCCUAUUUUAGUCUUCUCAACUUAUCGCACGAUACAGACGAGGCAAAACUAACGGCAAACAAAAUGCUCUUCUGUAGUUUUGACUCUAUUGAGUGGCGUGAGGUUCGUCGUCACUUUCCGCAGCUCACAACGUCUCCUGAAGGUCUCAUGUUGAUUGAAAAAGUACCGUCAAAGACGACUACUUUCUUAAAUCGUGAGCGGAAUGGAAGAAGAGGGAAGUUUAAUCAUACACACAAUAAUAAUAGUAAUGAUAGUAGUUUAUUUCCUUCCGCUUCUUCUUCUUCUUCUUCCACUGGGUCGUUGUUUAAUGCGGAGAAGGAGGAGGAUCUUGAUAUUCUUAUCUCUGUGAAAUACGAAGCGGUGUGUCGUGUGGGGAUGAAACUCGAUCGUUGGCUGCCGCGUACAGUUUUUCGUUCUCUUUACUACACUGUGCCGCAGUGGAUGGGAGAUCGCUGGUAUGAUUAUCAAAUGAGACGGCGUCGACUUUGGGGAACUUCAGAAGAAGACGCGGUACAAUAUCCAAAGCGAGUUCUUGGUUUGAAGGAACGUACAUGGAAGCUGCGAGGGACAUGA